CCGAUAUCCAUCCCGAAGAACUUGUAAACUGAGUGGCAUGUAGAGAUAAACGUUCUCGAAUUUGUGUUCAAAUUUUUUUUUACUGGUAAAUAACAAUUGGUAUGAAUAAUAAUUUAUGGAUCCUAUAAAACCAAUAUAUAUGCAAUGAAGAGUUAAUUUUUUUAAAUUAAUUUAUAAAAACGCAAUUAUUUUAUAAUGGGGAUCUUAAGACCUGCAUUAGUGAUUAUUGGUGCAAGUACACAACUAUUGCCACAUACUUAUUUCCUAGAACGAUAUAGAAAAUUUAGAGCUAGAUAUGACUUUGAAGAUAAUGAAAUACCAGUUCGAGAAGAUAUUCAACGAAGAUUUGAAGAAGUAGUAGAUGAUUUAAAUCUAUCCUGUUCAUUAAAGAUAGAAAAAGAACGUAUUAAACUUUUUAAUGUUCAUGAUAUAGAAGUAUUUCAUGCUGGAUCAUUAUAUACAAAAUCUGGUGGGGUAGUUGGUAUCCCAGCAAAUUUUGAAUAUGAAAAUAUUAACAGCAUAACUGAUGGAACCAUAUCCAUUCAGUAUCCAGCACUUAACUGGGAUUUAGAGGCGAUUAAGGAAUUCCAUACCUCUUUAGUACUUUCAGAAAAUGCCCAAAAAUUUGCUAUGGCUCGAGAAAUUUUAAAAGUUGCAACAUUUGACCCAAUAUAUAAAUUUUGCAAUGUAUUUGGAGAUAUGAUAAUAGCAAUUGUAGGUUAUGACCUGCUUUAUUCAAAAUUAAAUGGCACUAAACAACAAAAAGUCAUACAAGCUUUCUGUAUAAGUAUUACUGCAAUUGUAACUUUCUUUUUAACCGCACUAACUCAUUCUGCAUUGGAUACAUAUAGAGAAAAAGAAGUCAAUGAAAUAAUGUCUAAACUUGAUAGUAAAUAUAUUCAAGGUGGUGUAGAAUAUUAUGAAAAAUUAUCACAAAAGAACAAAGCCUUAAGAGUAUUAUUGGGAACAAAGGGUACAUAUUUAUAUACACCUACUGGAAAUCAAGUUGGCUUGUUUGGAAUUUCAACAAAACUUCCAAAUUCUGAUCAAAUAAAUUACUUUCAAACAAGAUUGCAGAAUAUUUCAUCACAACUAGUGUAGUAUUUAUUUUUCAAAUAUCCUGUAUAGAAAAUAAUGAUAAUAAAACUGAUAGUGCUUUCUAAA